AGUGGCUUGUGGGAGCAGAGCUGCUCGAGAGGCAAACAACAUGUCAAAAGCUUCAAGCAACUUCUCGUUUCUGCAAAGCGAUCUGCUCCGCCAAUGAGCGAUAGAGGGAGACGGGCCGGCGAAUGUUGUAAGACACCUCAGUCUCUGGAGACUCUGCGUCUGCUCGCUGUGGCUGAAACGACUGCUCUAGAGCAAGAAUGUCUCGAAUAUUGCAGCACAAGUUUGCUGAAAAACUUUCCAUUCUGAAUGAUCGAGGGAGAGGUAUCCUCGUCCGGAUUUACAAUAUUAAAAAGACAUGUUCAGAUCCCAAGACAAAACUACCAUACCUAACAGAGAAACACAUGGAGCCUGCUAUCAAAUGCAUCACCAGGAAAUUUCCAGCAAUUGAUCUGCGGGUCAACAGUAGCCAGCUUGGCUGCCUCCAGAAGGACAAGUCAGAAGUUCUGAAGAACGUGAGCAAUUUCUACCAUUCAUUUGUGGAUGUCAUGGAGCUACGGGACAAUAUCUAUGAAUUACUGAAUACAAUGGACUCCUGCCAAAUGUACAUGGAUAUUAAUGUAAACUAUGACCUGACCAGGGGUUACCUGGAACUGGUCACCACCUACAUCUCCCUGGUCCUCUUGCUGGCUCGCAUUGAGGAUCGCAAGGUGCUGCUUGGUCUGUACAACGUCGCCUAUGAAAUGUCCAAUGGUACCAGUGACUCCAGUUAUUCGAGGCUUGGGCAGAUGUUCCUGGAUUAUGACCACCCAAUGAAGAAGCUCGCCGAGGAGUUUGAACCCCAUUGGAAACUCCUCACCGACGCUCUCCUCAGUCUACAAACCCUCUUCCUGAGGAGAAACCUCUCUGCUGAUCAUUGGCGCAGUGCUCAGUUGCUGAGUUUGAUCAGUGCGGCCAACACCAUGCUCACACCUGCUGCUUCCAAUACGAUGCCGUGUGAAUACUUGUCACUGGAAGUAAUGGCGAGAUGGAUUAUCAUUGGCUUCCUGCUCUGUCACAACAGUUUAAACUCACAGCAAUCUUGUCUGACGCUGUGGAAAGAAGCGAUGCAGUGCAGUCUGUGCAUUGAGCUGUUCCGAGACGAGGUUUUAUACCAUCACAAGCUAUCUGAGGAGCUGUUCAGCGGUAUGAAAGGGUACAAUAAGCGGAUUAAUGAUGUUAAAGAAUGCCGGGAGAACGCCACAUCAAACAGUGGAUCCGUUCACCGAGAGAGGCGCCACUUUCUGAGGAGUGCAGUGAAGGAGCUGAGCGCCAUCCUCACCGAGGAACCUGGGCUACUGGGACCAAAGGCUCUUUUCGUCUUCAUGGCUCUGUCAUUUUCUCGUGACGAGAUUUCAUGGCUUGCGCGUCAUGCUGAGAAUAUCACCAAAACCAAGACCCCUGAGGACUACGUGGACACCAACAUAGCUGAGCUGCUGUUUGUGAUGGAAGAACUUCGCAGUCUACUACACAAGUUCAAAAAGGUGAUCCAGCGGUACUUCCUCCUCUACCUAUCUCGUUUCGAUGCCGUCGUCCUCAAUGAAAUAAUUCAGAAUCUCUCAGUCUGUCCGGAGGAAGAAUCUGUGAUUAUGUCAUCCUUUGUGAACAGUUUGACCUCGCUGAAUAUCAAACAAGUUGACAAUGAGGAGGAAUUGAACUUCAGAGGUCUGAGAUUGGAUUGGUUUCGCCUCCAGGUUUACACAAGCAUUGCAAGGAUGCCUUUGAUAUUGCGGGAGAAUCUGGGCCUGGCGUCGCUGAUGAACACGAUUGUGUUCCACACACGAAUGCUGGACGACUUGGAUGGGCUGCUGGUGGAGACGGCUGACCUCGCCCCAUACUGUUUCUACCCAUCAUUGUUUGAGAAGAUGUUCUCACAGAAUGCAGACGACCCCACACAACUGCAGUACCUGAUUGCCUUUCCGAUGGUUUGUUCGCACUUUUCCAGCUGUGUACAUGACAUGUGCCCUGAGGAGUACCCUGUCCUCCAAAGUCGAAGCGUUAAGUUAUGUGCCAAUUUUCUGGAUGAAAUCACCAAGCAAGCCAGCAUAUGUAUUAUUGAGCUCUGCUUGGAGCAACGCAACCUGAGUGAGAAGCUCUUGCCCAAGUACACUGCUCAUACCAUCAGCAAAGUUGUCAACAAGAAGCACAAGAAACCUCCUAACAAGAAAGUCGAGACCAACCGGGAGAAGCCGGGUAUCGAGAGCCAGCGAAAGGACAGACUCAUCGUCACCACCAUGGAUAAGCAUCACCUCACCCUCACCGAGUACAGCAAGACCAUCAACCACCUGCCGGAGCUGAUUGUCUUCGACCACAUCAUCUUACCUGUUGAAUACCUGACCAAUCACCUGGAAGUGCGGCUGACCAAAGCUAUUGUGCGAAUGGCUGGAUAUAACCAAGCGACGCAGGAGAUUGCUAAGCCAUCAGAAGUGCUGUCCAGUGUCAAGGCAUUUAUUGCGUUUGUACAUUCAGUCGGGCAUUACAUAAACAUCGAUGUCAGCAAAAUUUGCAAGGACGUGCUGUUGCAGCAGUCGCAGGCUGUGGAUGCCAAUGGAGAAAUUACCCUGACGACAGCCUACACCAAUUGGUACUUGGAAAGUCUCCUGAGGCAGACCAGUACUGGGGUCAUCAUUCACUCCCCUGCUAUCAAAUCAUUUGUGACCAUGCCUGUUGAAAACCUGCAGAUUUUCAGCGCUGAAGAAUAUUCCGAUGUUUCAGAGAUGCAGGCGUUGGCGGAACUGAUUGGUCCAUACGGAAUGAAACAGAUGAGUGAGCAUCUGAUGUGGCAUGUCACGUCACAGGUGGCCGAGCUGAAGAAACUGGUGGUGGAGAACAUGGACAUCUUGGUACAAAUAAGGUCCAACCUUCGGAAACCAGAUGUGAUGACUACCUUGGCCAAGCGUCUAACAUCUUCUGACAACGUUCUCAAGAGGAUGAUGAUUAUCGGUGUGAUUCUCACCUUUCGAUCAAUGGCACAGGAAGCACUCCAUGGUGUUUUAUCAGGCCACAUACCCUUUCUCAUGGGGUCCAUGAAGAUUCUGAGUGAAAUUGCAAGCUUAACUACCAACAAAAAGGAUAUGCUGGCAAUCUAUGAACUGACAUCUGCGGCCGGGGCUCGCUGCACCGUGGACCCAGCACUUGUUACUGCCCUCUCCACCCAGAAGAAGGAGAACUUGUCCGAAGAAGAAUACAGACUGACCUGCCUUCUCCUGAUUUAUAUCGCUGUCUCCCUGCCUUCUCUCGCCACGGACCCCAUGUCUAUUUACAAUCAGGAGCACCAGGGUCACCGGAACAACAUCCAUUGUUUGCCCAAAGCCAUCAAUGAGAUUGCGGCAGCUCUCUACAACAUUCACCAGCAGGAUGUCCAGCCCCAUCUGAGGGAGUUCCUGGUGUGUGCCUCAAUGAGUCUUCUGCAGAUUGGCCAAGAAACGGAUAAAGCUCUUGUGAGGAAUCGGGAGUCAGUUUAUCUCAUUCUGCAUAUGUUGAUCGAGGAGUCACCAUUCCUGGAUAUGGAUAUGCUGGAAACCUGCUUUCCUUAUGUUCUGCUGAGGAAUGCCUUUCGUGAAGCAUACAGGCCUGUGAUCAUGACCACAGGAUAAAUGCAAUGCGUUCUUUCUUCAAAUUAAUUUGUUAAGCUAAAUGUAAUACAGCACAAUUAACAUUAUCACAUUAAAGAUCUCGG